AUGUCUUCUUCGAGCUCCUCAUCCGACGGUGUUCUUGACGAUAUGGUUAUUGCAAUUACGCAGGAGGCAAUAAAUUAUUUGCGAGAAGAAGCCGAAUCCUCUACAUCGCGUAUCAGACAACCGCCUCUUGAACGGGAUUGGUUAGGUGCUCAUGAACUUCUAGUGCAUGAUUAUUUUUGUGAAAAUCCGUUGUACGAUGAUGGUCAGUUUAAGCGUAGGUUUCGUAUGAGCCGACGACUAUUCGUUAAAAUUUCUAAUGUUCUUGCGGGCGAAUUCCCUUUUUUCACGCAAAGAGUAAGUGUAAGUCGCAAAGUUGGUUUCUCUGGACUACAAAAGUGUACAGCAGUAAUUAGGCAACUAGCGUACGACACAGCAAGUGAUGCGUGGGAUGAAUAUUUAAGGAUGUCGUCAAGAAUGUGUCGUGAGUCUCUUGAAAAUUUUUGUGAAGGUGUUAUCUCUCUGUACGGGAUACGAUAUUUGAGGAUGCCAACAGCAGCUGACGUUCCACUUCUAUACGAGGCCCAUCAACGUAUACACGGGUUUUCUGGAAUGCUGGGUAGUCUUGAUUGCACGCACUGGGAAUGA